ACCGAGCGAAGCGAUUAGUCCCCUUGAACACGCGUGCAAUUUAACGCCAACUCAUUAAAUUAGAAACGAGCAUUUGAAUUGAGGGGGAAAUGCAAAUGUGGCCACCGGAUUUCUGACUGGUAUAAAAUACAGUUACUCCGGAAACCUGUUUGACUAGCAAAUUUCUUGUCUUUAGUCGAAGAAGUGUCGAGUCAACAUGAAGUCUUCGUUGUUAAUUUUUACAUUAAAUUUUGCUUUAAUUUGUUGCGGCUCCGACGUCAAAAAGGCCUUUGCCGAUAACGGCAUACCGGAAGACGUGAUCGACGUCAACCCGAAGCUGACGCUGACGAUCACCUAUCCUGACGACAAGUCGGUGGAGCUGGGCAACGAGCUGGCACCCAAGCAAGUCAGGGCCACCCCCUCGGUUAAGUACGAAGGCUCCAAGGAUGCCUACUACACCCUAAUAAUGACGGACCCGGACGCGCCCAGCAGGAAGAACCCGGUGGCCAGGGAGUUCAACCACUGGCUCGUUGUGAACAUCCCCGGAAGUGACGUGGAGGCCGGCGAAACGUUGACCGCCUACCUGGGCUCCGGUCCACCGAAGGAUACCGGACUUCACAGAUACGUUUUCUAUUUGUUCCAGCAGCCCGGCAAGCUGGACUUUUCGGGAGAGGCCAAGCACGACAAGUUCGACGGCAACAGGAAGAACUUCUCCACCGCCAAGUUCGUGGAGAAGUACAAGCUGGGGGAGGCAGUGGCCGGUAACUUUUAUCAAGCCCAGUACGACGACUCGGUACCGGCGCUGCACAAGCAAAUCGCCUCCCACUGAUUCAUAUCUUAUUAUACUAUUAAUAAACUAUUUAUACUUUGGUUAGUAUUUUGUAAAUUGUAAAUUGGAAGUUCAAUCUGGGGGAGGCCGUGGCUGGCAUCUUCUAUCAAGCCCAGUACGACGAUUCGGUAUCGGAGCUGGCCAAGCAAAUCGCCUCCCACUGAUUUAUAUCUUAUUGUACUAUUAAUAAACUUUUUAUACUU